AUGAUGCCUCCAAGACUGGGGCGAGGGCCAAGCAGGCCGCUAUCCAGCGCGGCCACCGUUCACGGCGUCGUGCAGGGAGAUUGUGUCACCGACUCCACAAUAUCCCAACUCGGCGUCUUUAAAGGUGCGAGUCAAGAUCGACCGCAGCUGAUUGGGCUUCCAGAUGGGGAUGAGACCACCCUCCGCGAGUUCUGGACAAAGCUGGACAAUGACCAAAUGCAGUUUUGCAGUCGAUGCCAAGAGAGUUGGUUUCAGAUGAAUAUCGAUACCGACGGCAUUUGUGCGCGUUGCUAUCGAAAGGAUGCGAAACGCGGCCCCCGCGAGCCGUAUUUCUUCUCUGCGGAUAAUCAGCUCGACUUUGGCCCUGUGUCGGCCCGGUUGCCCGAGCUUACGCCUACCGAAGAGUCGUUGAUUGCUCGCGUUCACGCCCACGUCAACAUUAUGCUUGUGCGAGGGCAGCAGUACAAAUAUCGGGGGCACGUCGUUCACUUCCUCCGCGAGGUUGGCUUAGUGUACAACCAGCUCCCGCUGUUGCCGCAGGAGUUGAACACUGUAUUAUUACGGCCUGCCAAUACGUCGUCCCACGCCAAUCUUAGCCGGCAAUUCACCCGCCAGUUCCGUGUGCGCCGCCAGGCGGUUGUGAUAUGGCUCAACUACCUGCGGCGCCAUCAUCCUGGCUAUCGAUGCAUCGUUAUCGACGAAGAGCGGCUGAGCCAACUGCCUGAGAAUGGCAAUAUCCUGGAUGCAAUACCCCAAAGUCAGGUGGAGGCUGCCGAUGUUGGACCCGAGGAAGAUCACGAGGCAGAGCCUGACCUAGAGGACGAAGCUGCGGUGCCGGACCUUUUGGCCAAGGACACGGAGCUCGAUGCUCUGCGGGCUAUUCUCACUAGAGAAUCAGAAGCUGAUGCAGAGCUUCCCACGAACGUCAGGCUCGGCCGCAACACGAGUUGCAGCUCCCGAAUAUACGGCACACGCCAAUAA